CUCAAGUGUUUCCCUCUCCUGCCGACUCUAGGUAUAUCCCCACAAGCAUCUAGUUGAAGCAUCCAGUUGAAGCCGCAAGUAUACGUACUCCCUAGUUCAAUUUACCUUUACCAGAAUCUCCCUUAAAGAAAUCUCGGUACUACUUCCACAAUGAUAGAGCCAUCUGCCAAAGCGAAAGAGCUCUCACAAAUAUUCCUCGACAGCAAUCUAGGAGGGUUGGAUCACCGUAUUAAUCUUACUAAGUUUUGGGGAAUCACACCUGGAUCACGAGUUUUGGAAAUUGGCUGUGGUCAAGGUGACUGCACGACUGUUCUAGCAGACGCAGUUGGCCCGGACGGACAUGUAGACGCUGUAGAUCCAGGGGCGCCUGAUUAUGGUGCCCCCUACACACUUGCCCAAUGCCAGAGCAACCUCCUCGCCGGCCCCUUAGGUUCACGCAUAAACUUCCACAACACAGACCCAGUCGCCUUUCUGUCCACCCUUCCUUCUUCCGCCAAACCCUACGACUUUGUCGUUCUCGCUCACUGUAUCUGGUAUUUCGAGACUCCCGUCAUUCUCUCUGAAAUCAUCUCAGCCUUGGCUGGUCACACCACCCGUCUGUGUCUCGCAGAAUGGGGUCUCCGUGCUAACAGAGCCGAGACUUUGCCGCAUGUUGUUACUGCGUUAUUGCUAGCAAAUAUUGAGGCGAAGCGUUUGACGCCUAGCACGAGAAAUGUCAGAUCAGUCUUAAGCCCACAGCAGAUUGUGAACAAUGUGGUAGAGAAGGGGAGGUUCGCGUUGGUGGAAGAGACAAGGGGGAAGUCAGGAGAUACCUUACAAGAUGGGUAUUGGGAGGUGAGUGAUUUAUUAAGGAAUAGAGUGAAGUUUCUAGAUAGGAUGAAGAGGGAUGGGGUCAGUAACAAAGAGAUUGGGGCAUUGGUUGCUAUGUUUGAUAGUGUGCAGGCGGGUGUCGAUAUAAUUGGUGGAAAUGUAAAGGAUGUGAAGACUAUGGAUUGGUGGACUGGGGUUUUUGAGGGCAUUUGAUCAUGUUUUCGUGCUGAUUAGGGAGAUGGUGGAAGGUGCGGACGAAGAUAGGAAAGAGGAAAGCCAGCCAAGUUGUCCAAACUAUCCGAAUCAAAUAGAUCAUAUAAAUUAUAUUGAUCGUGGCCAGAGAGACGAAGGCUAAAGUGUUGGAAGUUUCAUGGCUCCGCUUGAAGCUAUACGGUGGCGACCUCAAGCAGUGGCAGUCUCACCAGAAGCACUAAACGUAAAGUAUUAUCUACUGACCUCUGUAACUAUUCGCCGAGCUCUAAACAAAACAGCUUAAGGCUCCAAAGUCUUCACUUCUAGCUAGCAAUAUCACUCUCGAUCAUUACAAUAUAUGGUACCGGGUACUAUACCAUAUGUUAGAGACCUCAAGUUCUCAAAGCAACUCACUCCCGAAAAUGGACAAUCAAUCGCGAUUGCCAUAUAUGGAGGUUCGAUUCAUCUGACCGCUUUAAAAUCUGCC